CCCAUAACCAAACCUUCCCACGGCUUUGCUCUGCUACAAGAGCUCGACUCACAGCGGCGAACGGGGCGCUUCUGUGACUGUGUCAUAAGGCUCCAUGUUCACCCCGAUCGGCUUUUCAUGGCCCAUAAGAGCAUCCUGGCCGCCUUUAGCCCAGUUCUUGCGUCUCUUCUUCCUAAUCACGGAUCCCUCCUGGACUUAAAUUCUCCUCAGUUUACCCCUGAAACAUUGGCUUUUCUCCUUGAGUACAUGUACACGGGCACAUUGCCUCCAAGCAGCCAGGAGAAGCAGGUACUUUGUGCAGCCUUCCACCUACAGAUGGAGCCACUGCAGCAGGCACUUACUCGAAGAAGAGAAGAGAUGGACCUGAUCUCUGAACCUGAUCAGAAGAAAAUCAACAAUAAGACUGAGACAGAAUCUGAAAAGCAGGAAUCCAUCACUGAGACUCCUUCAGCCUCUUCAUCAUUCUACCCAUAUAGUUCAGACCAGCCUGUGCCAUGUUCACCAAGUUACGAGGAAGUGCCAGUCAUAUGCCAUGCUAAAGCAACAGGAAACAACACACAUUUACUACCAACCCAGAGUGAUAAUAGAACUCUAGAUGUUGUGUCAAAGGCCAGUGUGUCAACUGAAAGCUCUCAAGAUAAUGGUUCUUUGGUCGAUCAUUUCUUUAAUCUGUGUCAUUCAAGAGAAGACAAGAUGGUUAAGAGUUCUCUGAUAAACGUGCCCGAUGAACCUGAGAUGGUUGUCAAGUUUAACUCCAAGGACAUUACAGAACUUAAAUCCAAUGAUUUCCACCUAUGUUUAUCCCCUGCUGAAAGAGAUCAGAGUUCUCAAAGUGCUCUAGUGACCUCUGAAAAUCCUAGCAGUGGCACUAGAAAAGAUCCAGGAUGUGCAACAAGAACCUCAGAUCCUAAAGUGUGGCAAGAAAUUGACCACUGUGUCACAAACGCUUUAGUAGACAGGAAGCCAUCGGGAACUAUUGAAGAUGCCAUAGAAAAUGAACAUCAAAGCUAUCAAUUCUCCAACCAGAGGUCAGAUUGCCUAAAUGCCUAUAAAGGACACAUAAGAUAUCAUUGUCUUUAUGAACGUGAUUUUGAAGGCAACCUACCUUGUGCUGUUCCUAAUGCUGAGAUCAGAGAUAGCUCCAGAGGUGUGAAGACGAUCAAUACAGCUGAGAUAUCGCUCUCAGCCACAGAAAGUUCUAAAUCCUAUGGUUGCUCAAGGACGCAUCCGUUUCAGUGCUCGGUGUGUAAGCGGGCCUUCAGCCAACGUGGUUCUCUAAAUCGUCACAUGCGCACUCACUUGGGCGUACGUCCCUACUCCUGUCCCCGCUGCUCCAUGACCUUCUCAAGACAGUACAGGGUCUCUGAACAUAUGCGUGUCCACCUAAGAAGUUGUCCAGACCCACCAUAGGCCUUAAGUUAUAUAUGGGCCAAAUCUAUCUAUUUAAAAGUGGAACUACACCUCAGUGCCUGAUGGGAACUAAGGGGUCUAUAGCAUCACUUUACAAGAUAUGAUUCCAUUGCUCAAAGUCAAAAUGAAGUCACUGGCCACUUCUUUACCCCAGCCAGGUGUGUAUUCUCCCAGCUUUAUCCACAUCAAGUGUAAAGAGUCAUGCUGUGCCCUACGUCAAACCUCCACCACUCACACUCAGCUAGACAGAGUCACAGUUGCACUGGCAAUGAGGAGAAACCCUACCCGACCCUUCAGUCCCUUAGACAUGAACAGUAGUGUCUGGCUGGUUCAGGCCUGUAGCUCUGAUAUACUUAAACUCAGGAGUUGAACAACUGUUUGUGCUGGUGUGCUGGUGUAUUAAAAUGCUACGUGACUCAAGCACCCAAAAAUGAUUAAAUCAGAACUAUCCAAAGCAAAACUACUGUCUUUGUAAGCAUUAAUAACAUAAUAAAUAUAUAUUUUUUUGCAUUUUUCCCAAGUUUGAAAUGUCAGAUCUGGUGUGCAAGCGACGCAACUGAAGGAUUAGAAUUCACUCUCACUUUUAGAGUCAAAUGAAUACACACACGUUAUACUUUCUUUUAUAAACAAUGUGUUUAUUCAUAAAGCAUACACAUGUAAAUUACAACAACUAUUAAAUCAAGGAGAA